UGUGAUACGCGUCCAUCUCACUCAGGAGACUUUAAACAGUUGGACAAGAAGUUAUUUCGUAACACGGGGAAGUUGUUGGCGUCAAAAAAGUGUGCUCUCGUUAACGCAAGUGUGUCAUUUGGAUAUGUUUCAUGAAGUUGAUGCUGUCUCCGGCGGUGCUCUUGCUUCAUAACGUCUCGUUUUUAAUUUGAGGAAUAUUUACACUGACUCGACAUCUGCUGAAUAAAUUCCAGGGCAGCAGCCAUGCUCAUGUGUGAUUACCCAAUAAAGACAGACAUGGAGACGUCAUUAUACCAGACUUACCCUACACUGAUUAAACCACCAUCUGAGGCAUUUGGAGUUGUAUUGUCCUCUCCCAUGGCCACUACUCACACGGGCCACCUGUACCCCCCUCACUACCACCAUGCCACCUAUCAAACACACUACCCCUACGGGAGCCCCCCUCAUACCCAGUCCCAGGAUGCCCAUCACUCCCAAAACGAGCCUGUUGACUUAUCUGUCAGCAAAAGAUCCUCUGUUUCAUCGCCUUCAUCAUCACUGUCAUCCUCAUCUCCCAGAGCUACGCCCCCAUCCCCUUAUGAGCGCGGCAGUCCAGUCAUACGUCCUCAUCUUGGCUGCAGUUCUAUAACAGGAAGUGUUUCCGGAUCAUCCCAGACAAGGCAGUUGAGCCCAUCAAUGGCCCUUCCCAUUCCUGCGGUGACACAGGUUUUGACUCCUUAUGUAUCGAGUUCUGGCAUCUUCCCUGUAAUCUCUCUGCUGCAGUCGUUACCUGUGCUCUACCCUUCCCCCCUACACCUGUCCCCCUCCAUCAUGAUAUCAUCCGUCACACCUGAAGAUCCUGCUAACCACAAAAAGUUUCCAACUAUGAAGUCAGAGAUUCCCCAUGACAGCCAUGAACUCCUCAAGCCAAUUAAAUCAGAGCCCUGCCCUGAACACGUUCAGGAUCCCCACAGCCAGGAAAUAACAUCAUCCGUCAUUACUGUCCCACCGAGUUAUAAUGAGGGGAACACUCACUCAGUAAUUGUACGGCGAAAGGUAGAAUCUCCUGAUCCAUUAAAAAAGCGUCGAAUUCAUCGCUGUGACUUUAACGGCUGCAAUAAAGUCUACACCAAAAGUUCCCACCUCAAGGCUCAUAGACGCACACAUACAGGGGAGAAACCCUAUAAGUGUAUGUGGGAAGGCUGCACAUGGAAGUUCGCCCGCUCUGAUGAGCUGACCCGUCACUUUCGGAAGCACACGGGUGUAAAACCGUUCCAGUGCCCUGACUGUGAUCGCACCUUCUCUCGCUCCGAUCACCUUGCCCUGCACAAGAAGCGCCAUCUGCUGGCUUGAGCUCAACACUGCAACAUGUGAACAGGGCAGAAGUUGCACCUUCAAUUAAGGUGUUAUUUAACAGGAUACUUCAUCUUCCUUGAUGUUAAUGGGGCAUUUUCCGUAUCCCACCCCCUUCCUGUUCAGGAAACGAUGGAGGCGAAUAGGAAGAAAGAGUGGAGUUGUUGGAACACAUGAUUGCUGGCCUUACUCCAUGAAAAGAAUCUUUGUCAAAAUGGAUUUUUUCACCAUUACUAUGGAUAUUGACAUAUACUGAUAAUGCUAUGGAUAUGACCCUCAUAUAUACAGACCAUAUUGGAUGCCAUUUAAAGUCAAAACAACAUGCACCUUUAAGUCAUCAGUCUUUUUCUUGAUGCCUAGCACUCUCUCUCUUUCUAUAUAUAUAAUAUCUCUCUGUCUCCCUCUCUCAUCCAUUCUGUUUUGCCCUCUGCUGGUCAGAGGAAUAUUGUGCCAGUUACAGCACUACACAAACUUACAAGCAAAAAACAGCUGCAUUAUUUCAGUGGCACACACACACACACACACACACACACACACACACACACACACACUAUCACAUUUAUAAUGUAGUUUUUGAUGCAACUCGGGUCAAACCUGCACAAUGUGAAUUUUAUUCUUUUUUAAUAUCAAUAUGAAAAAUGAAUGUGUAUACAUAGAUCUUGUAUAUCUAUUCAGCAUACAGUAUGUGUUUAAUGUUUCAGUGUAAGGACCAAAGCUGAUCGCCUUGCACCUUCUCUGUUUUUCGGAAAUUGUUGGAUUCGGACUGUUUGUUUUUUUAUUAUCCUAAGCAAUGGUAGACAUGGUAUGUUGAUUUUACAAAAGUACAAGGCAGAGGUUUUGGUUCCAAGGGUUGUACCUCUGAGCACCUGACCUAUUACUUACGUAACAGUCAAACAGUGGCAUAUUUUAUUAAUUGUAAUCUGAAAUUAAUAUUGUAGUUUAUUACCAUAUGUAAGUACUAUGUACUGUGUAAGUUCUUUGCAACUCUGCACAUGCACAAUUGAUUUAGUAAUGAUAUUAUCCCACAUAGUUCUUUAAAAACAAAGGUAAAUAUAGGUGAAGUUAAAUUGGUGUCUGUAAUGCUAUUAUAGGAUGGCCAUAAAUGGCAAGGGAUUCAUAUAGUGUCUAAUCGGUGCCUUUGUCAUUCGCUAAACAAAACUGCAUGCUAAAUGUUAGUUUCAAGGACUUAUAGAAAGCUUCAUUUUGCUUAAUUUCACAAUUAUUUAUAUUUUAAUCAUUUCUGUAAUCAGGAGUAUUCAUAUAAUCCCAAAUAUUUAGUAUUGUAUCGUUUUGUUGUAUCAAAUUCAGUGUCCGAGGCUCAAAGGGGUGAAAGGGGUUUUCAGGUGGAGAAAUGUGAUAAAUGUGAACCAUUCAAUAAGGGGCAUUAUUUUAAGAGUUCAUUUUGGUUAUGGGUAACAUUGUCUUACUGGUUUCACAGCACUUUGUUUUGUGAGAUAUAUGUUAAAUGUGUGAGAAAAACAUGGAUAUACAUUAUGCAUUGAUGAGUGUACUCUUGUUUUUCGGUUUGAAACUCAUUUUUAUGUGAACAUGUGUUUGUAAAACGCAAUGUGUCAACGGAAACAGGGGGAGGGGGGACCAGUUAGUGCUUCCAAAUCCUGUCCUUGUUUCUCCCAUGUUCUGUUUUCUCUUCUCAACUGAAGGACAAUUUUGUGCUGUAAUCGUUCAGAAGGAGGAAUAGACCAAGGGAGAGAAAAGACUACAUAAGAAAGGACAGAAUCCUUAAUGAAAAGAGUGAGAUGAGUCAAAGAAAUAAUUAGAGAGAAUAUGGAUGAAGCAUUUGUUUCUUGGUCUAAUGCAUAAACCACAGCAAAUCUGUAAUAUACAACACAGAAAUUAAUUAAUCAGAUAGAAAAAUGGAAAUAUUAAUAUAUAUUUUAAGGAAUUAUAUGACUGAAUGUGCAGUUUAUAGACAGCAUGAUUAUGAUAUUUUUAAUCUGAACAAACAUAAGUUUUUUUUUAAAAGAUGUGAAUCUUCUGUAUUUUCUAAAUUUUUUAUGUUUUCACAGUUCAAAAGGGAAUAUUAUGCUGUCCUUUUACCAAACUGUGAAUUUAAAUACAAAAUGUCCAAAUACGUAUUGUAUUAUAUAGAUUUAAAUAUGUAUUAUUCAAUAAACUUUUAAAGGUAAUUUUUUGUAAAUGUGUUGUCAUUGUCCCCGCGACCCUGUACACAGGAUAAGCGGUUGACGAUGGAUGGAUGGAUGGAUGGUGUUGUCAUUGUGUUUGAUUUUUAUUUCAACAUUUCCUGGUUAUUUAGGACACUGUGUUUCACAAUCCUGGCUUAAAGGAAUAUUCUGGUUUUAAUACAAGUUAAGCUCAAUCGACAGCAUUUCUGGCAUAAUACUGAUUACCACAAAAAUGUAUUUCUUUAAAAAACAAGAAAAAAUCGAGGUUACUGUGAGGCACUUACAAUGGAAGGUAAUGGUGCCAAAAUUUGGAGGGUUUAAAGGCAGAAAUGUGAAGCUUCUAAUUUUAUAACAGCACUUACAAUAAUUCUACUGCUUCUGAAUGUUUCUCUGAGUGAUGACGACUAAACCCAGCCAGUGCCAGCCAGACAUCACUUCAAUAUUUUAUGAUGGACUUCAGAUACCAACUGCAACCAUAAGACAUUAAAUACUUAAUAUGCCACUGCCUAAACCUUGGACGAUAAGGUGACCAGACUUCUGAAAAGAAGAAUAGAGACUUCAGUGGUCAAUAGGUCAUUUAAAUUUCAUUGUACUUAUUAAAAAAGGGGAAAAGUCAGAUUUUAUGUAUUUUGACCAUGUGAUAAUGUGCUGAACUAUUCAAUGAAUGUUCUGUAAUUGUUGUUUAUAAAUAAUAAUAAUAAACUAAAAUGAACCAUGGUUUCACUUAAGUAAUACUGUAAUAACCAUGGCUGUAGUAACCAUGUUUUUUGGCGGAAACCUUUUACCACAGUGCUAUUGUAGUAGUAACCAUGGUCAAUUGUGUGCUAAUUAAGGUUUGACAAAAUACAUGAUUAAACUUUGGCUAAUGCAGUAAAACCAUGGUUCAUUUUUGUAAAGGUAAUCAAAGCAGAAGUCUAAUAUUUGUAUGUUUAGGGUCAUUAAAGUCAUAAAAAGAAAUUUAU